AUGCAACCCCCUUACCAGAUGGGGCCUCAUACUCAACUUCACCCUGUGGGUAUGACCACCUAUUCUCUUCUUCCAUGGUACCUACCUCUCUUCCUCCUCCUCUUUGCUCUUCCUUUGAUCCAAGGAGCCUUGAAAGACUCUUCUCAGCUCUCUUGCUUCUAUAACUCAAGAGCCAAUAUCUCCUGCACCUGGAGCCCAGAGCCUACCCAGAGUUUUGAGCAGUGUCGGAUCUAUGCCAAGUCCAAGUCUCGGACAGAGAACCGAAGCUGUGAACUUCUCCAGGUGGGGUCAGCAUUCUGGACCUGUAACUUGAUCUUAGGAGAAAUCCAUAGUCAAUCUCUGACCUUUGCUGAUAUCAUGGUCAUGACAGUGAGCUGUCUAAUGGGAGAACAGAGGUUGGUCAUGGAAGAGGAAUUCAAUCCCUUUCAGAGGAUUCGACUGAUGGCCCUCAGUGACCUCUCUCUAAACCAGCAAGAAGAACACACCUACAACGUGUCCUGGGGAGUUCCUGUAUGCUCCCAUUACCUGAACAAAUACCUGGUGUUUGAGGCUAGAUAUCGGAUUCAGGGAAAACCCUGGGAGGAAGCCACCGUGUUGUCCAUAAAGCAAGAUCAGAGGUGGGUCUGCAUUGAAAAGCUCUCUCCUGACACGGAGUAUGAAUUCCAGGUCCGAGGCAAGCCUGAAAGGAGGGCAUCUGCAGCAGUCUGGAGCCCCUGGAGCCAGACCCUGGUCUUCCGGACAAAACCACAAGGUUCUACCUUCAAUCACUGGCUGCUCCAUUUGAUUAUGGGUCUUUGUGGCACUGUGGCCAUCUUCCUCGUGUUCCUAGUGGUGUAUAAGUGGUACCCCCAGAAAUGGCUGAAGAAGAUUCUAAAAUGUCACACUCCAGAUCCUUCCAAAUUCUUUUCCUCACUGAGCACAGAGCAUGGAGGAGAUUUCCAGAAGUGGCUUUCUUCUCCUUUUCCUACGGACUCCUUCUCCAUCAGCAUUUUGGCCCCAGAAAUCUCUCCACUGGAGGUGAUGCAGAAGGAAGACCCAAACCUGGGCUUGUUGCUUUCCAAGGAACUGGUUCCAGCCUAUAGAUCCCCAGAGACCAGUGGUCAUUCCCUCUCCAGCUGCUUCACCAACCAGGGUUACUUUUUCUUCCACCUUCCUGAUGCUCUGGAGGUUGAGUCCUGCCAGGUAUAUUUCACCUAUGAGCCUUUCAAUGAGGAAGAAGAGGAGAACAAAGAGGAAGGGGAUCGGGGCUCCCUAAUGCCCCAGCUGCACCCCGGUGGCCCUGAGGAUGACUCAUACUGCACAUUCCCCCCUGGAGAAGACAUGAUCCUCUUCUCUCCCAGGCUCUUCCAGGGCCCUGGGAAUAAUCCGGGACCCCAGAGCAUCUCUUUCCCAGGAAAGGAGGCCCAGAAGGAGACUUUGCCCCCUGAAGAGCACACAGCUACUAUACCAUCUUGUGACCCCUGUUUCUCAGCAUCCCAGAAUUCCUUGGACUCAAGACCUGAAUCGGUCCUGGAUGGGAGCCUUCUUCUAGGCUCUGGACUUGGGCCUGUCCCUCCCUUUCCCUGGGAUGUUCCCUCUGCAGCAGACAAAACUCAUGCUGUCUCCUCUUCCUACCCAGGCCUGAACACUGGUGCCUAUCUCUCCCUGGGAGAACUUCAAAAUCAAUACCAGGGCCAUUCAGCCUAACCAGACGGACUUCUUCAAGAGAGGAUAGGCAGAAGAGGUAGGGAAGAUCCUCAAGGCUCAAGAUAACUCCCGGAUAAAGGGCCAAGAAGAACUAUUUAUAAGCAACAGACUGGAUUUGGUGGAUUUGGCUUCAGAGGACUAGGGGGCAUACCCUGGGUUUAUUUCUUAUUACCUCCAUGAACUUGAUCAAAUCCCACAUUUGCUUUUCACCUGUAAAAUGAAGACCUUAGGAAACAAUGUCAAUAAUAGAUUGGAUUAAAGAUAUAAACUUGGACGUUAUAUUAUUCUGAGAGGUACUAUAAACAAUGAAUUAUUUCCAGUAUCUACAUAUAUACAUCGAAUGGCAUGAAAUCUAACUACUUAAAGAAAAAGCUAAAAAAAGUUCUAGGGACAAAGUCAAAUUAUAAUAGUGGGGGAUCUCAAUGAAACCCUUUUCUGACACACAAUCCCCCCAAAAAAAAAGUCAAAAAAGAAAAUAAGGUCAUAAGUAGAAUUUCUAUGUUAGAUAUAAUAGAGCUAUUAUGGGAAUAGAAAGGAGAAUACGUAUGCUAAUAUGUCUAUGGAAUCUUUACAAAAAUAAACCAUGUUAUCACCUCAU